AUGAAGUCCAGUACUACCUCGCUGCUCCGGGCUCACCAAUUUGCUUCCCGCAAACAAAGACCGCUACUGCCACCGUUGGAGUUGUACCGCAGAAUUUUACGUGAACAUCGUAGACUACCGUCAUUCCAGCGGGAACUUGGAGAUAAGUACGUUAAAAACGAAUUCAAGCUGCACAAGGAUACGGAAAACCCAUUGUACAUAGUCGGGUUCUUGGCAUCUUGGCAGGAUUAUCUGCACGCUGUUUCCAAAGGAGACUGGACGGAAGGAACACUAUCCGCCGAUGUGCUUGACAAGAUGUCUCCGGAACAAGUGACCCAGCUUUACGAAUUAAUGAAGGAAACUGAGGGAUUUCGCGGCGCCAAGGACUGA